AUGGAUCACCAAUCAGCCGCCCAACCCAGCCAAUCCUCACAGGCCGACUCCUCAAAUACUCAAAAUUCCACAAUCCCCCAAAUCCAAGCAUUUCUCAGGUCCAAGGACGACACCCAACGCUUCGUCGGCCUGGCUCUGCUCAAGUCCGUCCUCGACAACACGCCUAACCUCCGGCAGGAUGAGCAAGUCGUCAAGACCCUAUGGGACAGCAUAUCCCCCCGGUUUCUGGACAGACUCAUAAAAACAGGGUCCACGCCCUCGGGUGAAAAUACCAAGGAGAUGCUGGACCUCGUUGUGUCUGUCAUGCACACGUUUGCUGCGCUGCUGCCUGAGUCGGCGAGGAGCGAGGAGAAGUUCACGGGGAGAAUACCUGGACUCGUAGGAGCUGUAUUUUCUGACGAGACAACGGCAUUGCUACUACAACUUCUUCACACGCUCGUCAGCACGCCAGCGGGUGCAAAAGCCUUCAUCGGCGCAGGUGAUGUCAGCGCCCUAACCGAGAUUGCACCAACACAUGCCCUUGUUAUGGAUAUCCUUUGCUUCGCGUGGCUGAAUGGCAUGGCCAUCGAUAUAGAGAAGCACGUGUUGAUCAACCAGAUUGUUGAUACCAUCCAAUCGCUCGUGUCUUCAUUCUCGGGGACGGAUGGUGUUACCCUACUCGAAUUUCUGGGAACCUUCUUUAGACAGGCUGACCCAACCGUCCUCCCCCAUGAACCUGGAUGGCUUAAAACAAUCGUCGGCUUCAUCCAUACCCUCGUCACCAGUCGUCCCAACACAGCCGCCAGAUCAGCCUACACCAACGCCGCUGCAUCCCUUCUACAGGCCUACCCACAAUCAACACCAAAGCUACUCUUCGCCGAAAACACAAAGGACGACAAACCUUUCGGGUACCUCUUGAUAAAUCUCAUGCUUAUCGACAUUCGAUCAUCCGCGCCAACACUCCUCGAACAACUAAACAGUCCCGAGUACGCCAAACUCUCCCGUCGACUAGCGUCCGCCUUUGACGUUAUUUCCAUCUUCAUCGGACAUCUUGUCCGCUGUCUCGAAGACGAGUCCCUAGACACGCUCAUCAUGUCCCCAGACAGUCUGUUAAAGCUGCGUAAAGGCAUUUCAGAAACCAUGUCUGUGACGGUGGAGUACCUCCGUGACAGGUGGGAUGCCACGUUUGCCGGAGCAAUGGGCCUGCACCCCGAUGCGAGAGCUUCCAAUGCCGAAACAGCAUCUGGCUCGCAUCGGACGUUGGCAUGGGACUCCAUGGUGAAUACAGCCGAUGAGGAUCCAUUGAUUUUGUCGGCGGUGAGGGCGCUAGCGCUGUGGCUAAGGGAAGACGAGAACGAGACGCUUCGAAAGGAAGCAACCGGUUUGAUUGACAUGCUAAUGGAGCUUUAUCAAAGCAGUUCCUCGGAGAAGCUGGAUUUCCGAGCCGCUAUCCUGGUGGGCAUGGAAGCCUUGGUCACCCUCCCGCAAGGGCGGCAGUUAUUCCUCCACAACGACGGGUGGAAGAUUCUGAGCAAAGACCUCAUUAGUCUUUUUCAAUGCUCCGAAGAGAUUGAGCAUGCCAACACCGCGAGGGGCAUUGAAAUCGUGCGGAUUUUGCUCUCGGUAGCUGAGGAAGAGUCGUCGGGUACCUCGGAGGAAUGGAUGGAUCUCGUCACUGCCGUGGCAGCAUGGGAUGUCCCCACGCAGGACGUCUCACCGCUAGCACAAGAGUUGCAGGUUGCUGUUUUGCAACUAUGCUGCACUUUGUUGGUUGGUGCGAGCGACGGCAUGCGCAGCAGAUACAGACAGUCGAUUGCUGCGAUUCAGGGGAUUGCCGCUCCGUUGCGGCGGAAAAUCGGCAAGGACGACGCGUUGGCCGAGGCGAUGGAAGACGUUGUAGAUACAUUGAAUGGAUUGACGCUAGGAACCAGGUAG